AUAAGGAACCCUCAGUCAAAAGUCAUCUUAUUCUUGAGAUUAAUGCAUGGCCACACGUUGCCCCUCCAAUAAUUGAUUUUGCCUUGUAUCCUUUUUGUUCUUGUUCUCGAUCAGAUUUCUGCCUUAAGCAUAGAAGAAACAGUUAGUUUAGUCUCGAUGGAAAUAAUUUUUAAUGCAGUAGCUGGUUUUGUUGUUGAGGUGGGGAAGUUGGUGUGCAAAUGCAUCUAUCCUAAGAUUGAAAAUACCGUCCGUUUCACAUCAAAUGUUCAAAGUGUAAGAGAGGAAAUGGAGAAGCUAACAAAGUUUAGAGAUAUAUCAAAGGGAAGGUGGAAGGAGCUGAGGGAGAAGGCUAUAAACCAAAACCAGAUGUUCUCAAGUGGCUCCAACAUGUUCAAAACCUGGAGACUGACUGGGAAUCUAUGCAACAAGACAUUCAGAUGGUUGCAUAUAAAUGUUGUCCAAAUUGCAGUCUUCGCUCGCAAGUCUCCACUCAAGCACGAAUCAUGCGAGAUCAACUUUGCGACCUUAAAAAAAAUGGGACAAAAUUUUGGAUCCAGUUUGGUGGUAGAAAAUUACCAGGUGAAAAAAGUGGAGUACAUCCCAGGACCAUCAAUAGAAGGCCAGUCAACAGCAACAAGAAAUCUCAACAAAAUCCUACAACUCUUAGAAGAUGAUAAGGUAGGCAUCAUUGGUGUAUGGGGUAUGGGAGGAAUCGGCAAAACGACUUUGGUGAAGAAUCUGAACAAUGAGCUCCUAAAGACUGCCGCGUCAAGCUCUAAACUGUCUUUUAGUGUUGUGGUAUGGGUUACAGUGCCCAAACCACCAAUAGACAUAAGAAAGGUUCAAGCACAAAUUGCCAACAGAUUUAACCUAAAGGUAGACACUGAGGAAAGCGUAGAACGCAUUGCAAGCAGAAUUCAUCAGAGGCUCAGGGAAGAAAAGAGUUUCCUUCUUAUACUCGAUGAUGUUUGGCAAGCUAUAAGUUUGGAUCAUGUAGGUGUGCCCCAACCUGAAGAUCCCGCAAGAAGCAAGGUAAUUUUAACUUGUCGUUUUGUUGAUGUUUGUAGGCAAAUGAAAACAGACACCGAAAUGAAGGUGUUGACAUUUGAUGAAGAUGAAUCUUGGCAAAUGUUUGUCAAAAAUGCGGGAGAUAUUGCCAAUCUGGAGCAUAUUCAACCAGUUGCAAAGGAAAUUGCAAGGGAGUGCAAUGGAUUACCUUUAGCAAUCACUGUUAUCUGAGCAUCUAUGACAGGGAAGAAGAGGGUCGAGCUUUGGAAAGAUGCUUUGGGAUGUGUCCGAACCUCACAACAAAGAUGUAAAAGAUAAGGUUUACAAGGUUAUCAAGUGGAGUUUUGAUUCUUUGGAAUCUCAAGAUAUUGAAUUAUCCUCAGAGCAAAGAAGCAAACAUGUGAACAAAAGGGGAGGCGACAUUCAAAGUUGUUUCUUGUAUUGCUCCUUAUAUCCAGCGGCCAUCAUACAUUGCUGGUUGGCCGAGGGGUUCCUUGGUGAACAUGAUACAUAUGAAGAAGCCUACAACAGGGGAAUCACAAUGAUUGAGAGUCUAAAAGAUGUCUGCUUGCUAGAAACCCAUACGUUGAACUCGUGGUUCGUGAUGUUGCUAUAUGGAUAGCUAAUUCCUUGGGGGAUGAGCACAAUUCUCUUAUUCAAGCUGGACUUGGGUUGUCUGAGAUAUCACAUAUUAAAAUGUCAGCUUCUGUCAAGAGAAUGUCUUUUGUAAGCAACAAAAUUAAACGUCUACCUCAUUCCUUCAUGGAAUGCCCAGAGACAACAACUUUACUUUUGCAAGAUAAUCAUCCCCUUCAAAAUAUUCCCCAUCAACUUUUUCUUGCAUUUCCAGCCCUAAGAGUUUUGAAUCUGAGUCAAACUUCUAUUAGAGCACUGCCUUCUUCCAUCAAUAGUUUAUAUCAAUUACGUGCUCUAAUACUAAUAGGUUGCCGCCGGUUGACAGAGUUACCACCUAUUGGUAAUCUUUGCAAUUUGCAAUUGUCGAUUGUGCUAGAACAAGGUUACAUCGUCUGCCGCAAGGAAUGGACAGGUUGACAGACCUGAGGCGUUUAACUGCAAAUGAAUUGGAGAGCAUCGACCAAGGAAUUCUUUUCAAAUUGGCUAGCAUGGAAAUGAUAGAUGUGCUGGGUAGCCGUCUUGAAUCAACUUGUUUUGAUGAGCUGUCCUCUCUACAGAAGCUGACCUCUCUUUCCAUCAAAUUGGAUAGCUCAUCAGUUUCUAAUAGAGACCACACCUGGAUGUCUAGAUUGAAAAGAUUUCGCAUUGUUGUUGGGGAACCUCGAAUUCCUAUAGAUUUCAACACCUCACUAGGGAAACCAGCGAAAAUAGCUAUCUCCAAGUGUGAAAUUUUCAGUAAGGGAGAGCUCUCAGGUAUGUUGCAGUUUGCUUCAAAUUUGCGCUUGGACGACUGCAAGGGUCUCAAGAAGUUGAUUGCGUACAACAGUUUUAAUGGAAUAAAAGAACUUAUAGUAAGUAUCUCUUCUUGUGAUUUCAAACUAGCAGAAGAAGGAAGUGGACGGUUUAACCCUCUGCCAAACCUGGAACAUCUCUGCCUCAUCUUGAUAAAUAAUUUAGAGAGUGUAUCUGAUAUCAGUCAUCUUCUGGGUCUAAGAUUUUCUAAAUUACGCAGACUAGAUAUUUCCUUGUGUCCAAGAUUGAGAUGUCUCUUUAACAUUGGUGGAGCUUUUUCUGUACCGAAUCACCUGGAACAUAUUGCAAUUACCGAUUGUGAUGAGCUGGUAGAGUUGUUUGUGCAAUGCGGCUCAAAAAUUCCAAGAGUUCGGAAGUUACUGUUGAAAGGCUGUCCAAAAGUAGGAACUCUAGGCGAGCCACCGAAUAUGUGGGAACACCUGGAGGAACUUAGUUUGAUAAGAUGCAAUCAAAUAAAGAAAUUGCCUCUCUCUAUUCAAACCUCCAACAACAUCAAAGUAAUAGAAGGACGAUCAGAAUGGUGGAACCAAUUGGAAUGCGAUUCCCACAACUUCAAGUCAAAUCUAGAGCAUUGUUUCCAACCAUUUUAAUACUGACAGAAGGAUCAAAGUUGAGGUUGUUACAAGUACUUGAAAAUUUGCCACACAUUGGUGGUCCAUCACCAGUUAAAUUCUGGUUUCCUAACGAUCUAAGUCUAUUACAUGCCGUAGUAUCUAAUGACUUCUUGGAAUGAUAAGCUCCAUUUACAUCCUUUGACAGUUCUUGCAUCACAAAAAAAGGUGGGCUUGCAUCACUACAAGAAAAAUAGGAUAUGACUGUUAGGGAUAUAAUAGAUAUGCCCUAGAUCCAAUAUCAUAUUUGAUGAUCUGAACAUAUUUUUUGUGAACAUUAUUUGAUAUAGAAUAUAUAUGGCAUUUGAUAUUCU